AUGCGUUAUGCCAUCUAUUUCAGUCCGCCGCGCGACCAUGAGUUGACGGUCGCCGCCGCGCAGUGGCUGGGCCGCGACGCCUUUUCCGGCCUGCCGAUCCCGGCGACCGGGCUUGGCGCGCUGGGAGCCGGCGCGCAGGCCUAUUACACCGCCGCGCCGCGCCGAUACGGGUUUCACGGCACGCUCAAGGCGCCGUUCCGGCUGGCAUCGCAUGCGCGCGAAGGCGAUUUGCUGAGGGCGCUGGGCGAAUUCUGCGCCACGAUGGCGCCGGUCCCGCUGCCCGACCUGGCAAUCGGCCUUCUGGGCGGGUUCUUCGCGCUGGUGCCGGCGCGUGAAAACGGCCGGCUGAACGAUCUGGCCAACCGUGUGGUCGCCGGUUUCGACAGGUUUCGCGCGCCGUUGAGCGAUGCCGAGCUCGAACGCCGCCGGCCCGAACGGUUGUCGCGCGCCGAACUGCGCAAUCUGUACAAUUGGGGCUAUCCUUACGUGUUCGACGCGUUCCGCUUCCACAUGACGCUCACCGGCCAUGUGGAGGAGCAUGAGCGUGACCGGGUGGAGAUCGCGCUGCGGCGCCAUUUCGGCACGUUGCCCGAGCAGGAGCUUUCGGUGGACCGGCUGACGCUGUUCGUCGAGCGCGAGUCCGGUGCGCCGUUCGAUGUGCAUUCGGUGCAUGAAUUCGGCGCGCAACCGGUGCGCGCCACCGCGUGA